CAUCAUCCUACGUACGCAAAACCCUAUCAAUCUUUUCCGCUUCUCCAACGAGCCGACCCCCUCCACCGGUCUGCACCCAUCGCAUAUUCACAUCCACUCCGCCGACCCUUCAAGGAGCCAUCCUUUUGCCUCUUAAUCCGACCCGUUAUGGCUCAACAAGCCAGCGUAAACGUUAACGACCCUGGGCUGAUUACGCUUGUGAAUAAGCUACAGGAUGUGUUUGCGACAGUAGGAGUACAAAACCCCAUCGAUCUGCCUCAAAUCGUUGUGGUUGGAUCUCAGUCUAGCGGAAAAAGCUCUGUGCUGGAGAACAUCGUCGGCAGAGACUUUCUCCCCCGAGGUACUGGUAUUGUUACAAGACGACCUCUUGUUCUACAACUUGUCAAUCGCCCCGCGCUGGCUAAAGCAAAUGGAGCCCCGAAAGAGGAAGCUGUGAUGAAGUCCAGCGAUUCCGCCGCUAAUAUGGACGAGUGGGGCGAAUUCCUUCACAUCCCCGGCCAGAAGUUUUAUGAUUUCAACAAAAUACGAGAAGAAAUCGUGAAAGAGACCGACGCAAAGACGGGCCGGAACCAAGGGAUAUCUCCUCUGCCUAUCGGCCUCAGGAUCUAUUCACCCAACGUUUUAACCUUGACUUUGGUGGAUCUUCCAGGUAUGACAAGAGUUCCAGUUGGAGACCAACCAAAGGAUAUCGAGAGACAGAUUAAGGACAUGAUUCUCAAGCAAAUCUCAAAGGCAAACUCUAUCAUUCUGGCAGUUACAGCGGCCAAUACCGAUUUGGCCAACUCUGACGGUCUGAAGAUGGCAAGAGAGGUUGAUCCAGAGGGUCAGCGAACAAUUGGUGUUUUGACGAAAAUUGACUUGAUGGACCAGGGAACCGAUGUUGUUGAUAUCCUUGCUGGUAGAAUUAUUCCUCUGCGGCUGGGUUACGUACCCGUCGUCAAUCGUGGUCAGCGUGACAUUGAGUCCAAAAAGGCAAUCUCGGCAGCGCUCGAGCAUGAGAAGCGGUUCUUUGAAGAGCACCGUGCUUAUAGAAAUAAGCAUGCCUACUGCGGAACGCCCUAUCUUGCAAGGAAAUUGAAUAUGAUCUUGAUGAUGCACAUCAAACAAACCUUGCCAGAAAUUAAAGCUCGUAUCUCCUCGUCUCUUCAGAAGUACAGCGCUGAGCUUUCCUCGCUUGGCGACUCUUUACUCGGGAACAGUGCCAAUAUCGUUCUUAAUAUCAUUACCGAGUUCUGCAAUGAGUAUCGGACAGUUUUGGAAGGUAACAACCAGGAACUUUCCAGUGUUGAAUUAUCUGGUGGCGCACGUAUCAGUUUCGUGUUCCAUGAGUUGUAUGCGAAUGGCGUGAAAGCUGUAGACCCUUUUGAUCAAGUCAAGGAUAUUGAUAUCCGAACUAUUCUUUACAACUCUUCCGGCUCAUCGCCAGCCUUGUUCGUGGGAACGACUGCCUUCGAGCUCAUCGUGAAGCAGCAAAUCAAGAGGUUAGAGGAUCCUAGCUUAAAGUGUGUUAGCUUGGUCUAUGAUGAAUUGGUCCGAAUCUUGGCGCACCUACUUCAGAAGCAGCUUUUUAGACGUUAUCCAAGUCUCAAGGAGAAGUUUCAUCAGGUUGUUAUUGCAUUCUUCAAGAAGGCAAUGUCUCCAACAAACAAGUUGGUAACCGACUUAGUCGCUAUGGAGGCAUGUUAUAUCAAUACCGGACAUCCGGAUUUCCUCAACGGCCAUAGGGCAAUGGCUAUUGUGAAUGACAGACACAAUGCUUCAAAGCCCGUCCAAGUCGAUCCCAAGACUGGAAAACCACUCCCUGGCGGAAGAGAUUCUCCCAACCCCCAGUCCUUGGACUCUACACCUGAGGGAUUCUUCCAAAGCUUUUUCGCCAGCAAGAACAAGAAGAAGAUGGCUGCCAUGGAACCUCCCCCAGCCACCUUGAAGGCAUCUGGCACGCUGUCGGAAAGGGAAGGAAUUGAGGUUGAGGUUAUUAAACUGCUGAUCAGUUCCUAUUACAACAUUGUGAGGAGAACUGUAAUCGACAUGGUUCCGAAAGCCAUCAUGCUUAAUCUUGUCCAGUUGACUAAAGAAGAAAUGCAACGCGAGCUGCUUGAAAAUCUCUAUAAGUCUGAUGAACUUGACUCCCUUCUCAAAGAGAGUGAAUAUACUAUACGGCGAAGAAAGGAGUGUCAACAGAUGGUCGAAUCUCUUUCUAGGGCUUCGGAGAUUGUAAACACCGUUGGUUAGCGGCCCCUAUGAGGCUAUGGGUCUGCAUCGUGUUGUCUGAUAGAUUGUUGGGACUGCUUUUUUAUGUGUGAAUGAGAACGCGCAUUGCCAAUGACUGCCGGGUGGAUAAAUUAAAAAUGGGAGUUGGUGGAGAUCUUCAGAAUAUCGCGGAAUAUUGUAGACUUUUAUGGUUUCGCUAUUUCGCACUCUUUUCGCCCCAAUUCCUGACGGGGUUUCCUAGGUUCACGAAAAAUGCUAACGUUUUAUGAUACCUU